AUGGACACCUUCUCUAGCGAGUUCCCCUACACUCGCAAGGUCAGUUUCUUGCGAAAUCAAAUGGUUAACCCCCGGACGGGCAAACUAUACAUUUUUGGCUACGGGUCGCUGAUCUGGAAACCGAAUAUUACUUUUUCACGCAGUUGGAUCGGCUACAUUGAGGGCUACCACCGGCGGUUUUACCAGGGCACAACAACACACCGUGGAACUCCCGAAUGGGUAAGUUACUUAGGUAAUUAAGUAGUUUGUUGCUCUUACGCAGGACCAGUUGGUGUGUUGUAUUCCGUGUUUUUUGCAUUCGGUUUUACCUGCCAGUACUUCCCUAGAUCUUUUAAUACUUCUUCCUUUAAGGUCAACCACGAGAUGACGAAGAGCAUGUGUCAUAUUACAAGCAGAACCAGACGAGUACAGGGUAGUUAUACCAUCGCGAGCUAUGAGGUUCGCUACUGCCCACAUAAGCUGGCGCGACUGUGGCUUCCAAAUGAGUUGGCUUAAAAUGACGCAGGCUUUUGCUGCAUCUGCUCGUAUCUUUUCUCAGUUACUUUCUUUCGGUAGCAUGACAAAGUCAAGACGGCCGGGGGGGGGGUGUGAACACAGGGACCGACAAAGCUAAACAGUCCGUUCACAUGUUUCACGCAAAACACACAGAAAUCUCGGAUCGCCUGUAAGUGACGGAGUCGAAGCGGUAACAUAAAGGAGUCUCUAUACGGAAAAGAAGAGUUAUCCCGUCAGUUGGCAACCUUCUAGGGCACGGCAGGUAGCGCGCCGUGAUAGUUUGAAAGUGGGUCUGAUUGUGGGAGGAGAGAAUUACAGUAGCUGGGCUAACUCAUAAAAUAUCAACCGAAAUUCCGAAACGAGUUUUCGUUACGAAAAGAUUACUAAAGAAGGGUUGUAAAACUACCGUGCAGUAUAAUUCUAUAAUAAUUCAGUUACUGCAGGAUGCCGGCUUUCAAAAGAACUUCGUUCCGACUGCAUGCCAAACCUAUACUCUGCACGCACUUUUCUCAUCGAUUUUCGAUGCCUCUAAAAGUCCAAUUAUAUUUCAUGGAAAACAUGCAUAAAAAUAUUCACUCUUUCGCUCAUUCGGUAGAAAAUUACGUCUUCUUACAAUUUUAUGAUUACAAUUUUACAAUUUACAAUUACAAUUUUAUUAUUAUUCAGUUUUCAAAAACUCUUCCAAUUCCCGAAUAAUCUUGAGCACGCUCCGCCGUCGCACUUGCAUUCAAGGUUUCCAAACUGCAAGCCAUGUAUUUUCCGCAUACGGAAAACCACGCAUUUCGCUACGGUAUCAAGAGUAGACCAUAUGGGGUCCUUAAAAUUUAACAUUGGAUUUGAUCCAUAUUGUUAACUUUACAAGCCACAUUGGUAAAUGCAAAGACAUGACGAUUUAUGAACGGCCAUUUCACGGUAUUAAAAAAAUCUCACAAUCAGAAACCUUUUUAAAACCGAAUUUUACCCUUCCUUCGAGUACAAAAUUGAAAGAAGACGUAAUUUUCUACCGAAUGAGUGAAUAUUUUGUGCAUGUUUUCCUUGAAAUAUUACUGGAUUUUUAGAGGCAUCGAAAAUCAAUGAGAAAAGUGCAUGCUUUAUCAGUAGUCAUUUUUUACAGAGUAUAGUUUUGACAUGCAUCCGGAAAGAAGUUUGUCCGAAAGCCGGCAUCCUGAGGUAACUGGAUUAGUAUAGAAUUGUGCUGCACGAUGUGUGGUUUUACUACCCUACUUAAUUAGUCAUUUCGGAAUUUCGGUUGACAUUUCAUGAGUUAGCCCACCUACUAUACGUUCAAACACCCAGUGCUGAAUCAACCUCUCUUAUAGGGCAGAACCUGUUAGCGUCAAGUCGAAUGGGAACGACACUGGUUGCAGUCGCUAACGUGACGCGUAGUCACUGUCCAUCGCGUAACACACAUGAAACCGGAUCCCAGAGAAGUUAAUGACUUACAUGAGAGUUGCACUAGCAAGAAGGCAAUGCAAUCUGAGCGAAUUAGUGUCUCAGCUGGUGGCCUUUGAAGCCGCGGCAUAUGGCGCGAUAGAUUCAAGCAUGUCAGAUUCAGCGUAGUGUGCAAUAGGCUUGUUUUGCUAUGAUCUACCGUUUCAGAUAGCCACACAUGGUGUCCUCCCACAUCAAUUGACCAGAUCAUCAACAGACACCGUUCUCUCGAAGGUGAAAUGUGCGCAUUCACCCAUGAGAUUUCUCACGCUGGUUACUCCACUAGCACAAUUACUCCAUAAGCGAUGUAGUACUUGAUACUAAUUGACCUGGGAAUGCGUACGACGGAAGGAGCCGCGUACUGUCUACGUGUUUAUGCUUGUGUGUAGAGAGAAAUAGUACUAGGGGAUCCAGGACUGUGAUGUUUCACCGAAAGCUUUAAUAUAUGCACAUUGGAACGGAGGUGAUCAUACAAUGUUUGAAUGUUUUGGGACGGCGUAGGGGUGGACAUAGGGAGGCAUGUAGGAUGAAUACUGUCCAGAGUUACUGUCGCUGAUUCCCCAGUCGCACUAUGAUGGCUUCGCAGCUAACUAACCACGCUGACGUGCGACUGGAAUUUGCGUUAGCGGUCUGGACAGUCUGGCACUACAUGUGCAUUACGGACGCUGAUGGUAAUGGUUCGUGUCCUUUUUGUCCGUGUCAGCCGGCUGUAUGACUGUUGCCAAGUGGUCAAGGACGGUUUUCGCCGAUCCAGGGGUCCCUGAUUCGAAUUUCAGCCGUGGGGCUGAGGUUUGGUUCUUCCCAAACUCCCGAGAACUCUAAGAGACUAUGUUCAUUAAUAAAUCUGCGGCUUAAACGUGUAGAAAGUUAAAUUAGUGAAUGGAAAUGGGAGUUCUUUGCCCAGUGAGAUUCAGUGCAAAUAACAACCGACGCCACGACCGCCACGGGUGGUGGCGUCUUGGCGGGCAACUUCCCGCUCCACUGGAAGAAUUGCAGUGAAGAAGGCCUCAGUAUAUUGAUCUUUAGCGUUACCUUUCCCCCAAAGUCCGCGGGUUCGCAGUCUCCCGUGGUCAGAAAGAAUUCCACCAACUAACGCGCAAGCUGUUGGCGGAAGAAUUCAUAAGAAUAUGGAGGGGGGGAGCUGCCAACCAUCGGGGUCAUUUAUUUACUUGAAAGACCUGACAGCAACACCGAGGCAAACGCCAGUUACGUGCUGUGUUAACCAAUGAACGGCCAAUGCCACAUGUCUGGAGGUGAUUGCGUGAGACCCUGCAUGCGGGCGCGAGGUCGAGGCUCCGGUUGCCUGGAUUCUCCGUUGAUACUCAGACAUCGAUAAAUUCUUAUCUUGUUUUGCUUAAAAUUUUGGCAACUAUGUCAGCAGUCGUGCAAUUAAGUUCACUAUCCUCAUCGAAGUUUCGGACAGCCACUAGUGACAAUUGGUAACUCCUUCACACUGUGCGUCCGUGCCCGCAUAUGCAUGGUCGGAACCUGUGGCGGCUUGAUCUAUGUAAUUAGAAGGACAGUCCAGGUACGCGAUACGACACACCACGCCGGACUUCUCAACGAAUUCCAGUCAGCCGUUGUCCCGGCUGCGUGUGCUAGCUUUUGGCCAGUUUACGAUUCCAUCUUUUAGUCCUGCAGCGUCGCCCUUGAUUGCCUCUGAAGCUGAAAACAGCCACAUCGUAGCUGAGCUGCACUACCGUAGAUAAUCUUCACACGUGCGCCCCUGACGACGGCGUCGUCAAUCACCACUUUCCUCCCAUUUUAGCCCGGCCGUGUUGCCACACUGGUCCCCGCUCGCAACGCCCAAACACGUGUCUGGGGCGUCACCUACGAGAUCCAGGGACGCAAGGACAUUGAUGCUGCUCUGGAACACCUCGCUGAACGUGAGAUGAUCACCGGUGGCUAUCGGUUCGAUGAGGUAGCCUUCAUCGCGCGCAAACUUACCUUUGCAACACCCGACAGCCCUGAGGACGAAUGGAGCAAGGACCUGCAACUGGCGAAGGAGCCAGCGCGAUUUAACGUACAGGUCUACAUUGCAGAACCCGGAAACCCACAGUACAUUGGAGACGCCCCGUUGGAGGUUCAGGUGAGGCCGCCCUCUGUCUGUGUAGACCUCUUCUUGUCUGCAACCCAAUUAAAAAGCCCGACUUAUUGUGCUCUCCUGCGCUCUCUCCUGACAGGCGAACCAGAUAGCCAAGGCCACCGGCCAUUGCGGACCCAACGUGGACUACCUCUUCCGGCUGGUUGAUUUCGUCCGGCAGGAAGUACCCAAGGAGGACUUGCUGUUUGAAAAGUACCUGCUGGACCUUCAUCGAUUGGUGGAGGACUACAGAAGCCACCGCAAGUCCCUGCCCAACGGCUUUUUCUCCCAGGCUGCGCGCAUGACAAUCGACGAGUCCUCCAACGCCUCAAAUGCCCUCAACGAGAAGGCGGACAGGGAGCAGUCCAGUGAGUUGCCACUUCUGCGGAGGCGUGUCAGCGCCCCGGCUAGGGGCAGGUGGAGAGAGGACGAUCGUGGGCGGGCCGUUGCAGUCUUCUUUGAUGUCUUAUAG